CGGCAACCAUCCCAGUCGAAUUUUACGCGUUAAACGUUAAAUACCUGCCUUUCCCACGAUGAAGAGCUGUGCGUGCCUACGGCGACCCUGAAUCUCACCGCAUCAAACAUCUGCACAGGCCCCAUCACGAGUCUCACAGAAGUCAUUUACUGAGGCUAAGCAGCCUUCGAAGACAACAUAGCUCUCACACCACCUCCAUGGCCUCUCGCAAGAUCUUAGUCGUCGGUGCUACAGGCAAACAAGGCGGCGCAUUCGUCCGCGCUGCUACCGAGGCUCGCAAGGCUGAGGGCGCGCCCAAGGACGGUUUCCACCUCAUCGCGCUCACACGCAACACCAGUUCUCCGGCCGCUCGAGAGCUCGCGGCCCUAGGUGACCACGUCAGCGUCGUCUCAGCGGACCUGAACAACGCGAACAGUGUACGGAAAGUGUUUGAAGAUGAGAAGGCGAAGCCGGAGGGCGGGAUCUGGGGAGUAUUCAUGGUGUUGGCGUUCCCCGGACUCGGUGUGGACGGGUCUGGAGAGGAGGCUCAAGGCAAGCUGGUCACGGACCUGGCGUGCGAGUUCAACGUGCAGCAAUUCCUCUACUCUUCCUCCGACCGUGCCCACGACAGCCGCGACGAGCAUGCAACGCUGAGUCACCUCGCCAAAGUCAAUAUCGAGGAGAAUAUCAAGUCGAAACAGGGCCUGAGCUGGACAAUCAUCCGCCCGGUAUAUUUCAUGGAGAUCUUUGAAGGUCUCGUCGGUCGUGUCACGUUCUCGGUGGUGCGGUCUGGCUUGAAGAAGGACACGAAGUUGCAGCUUGUUGCCGCCGACGACAUUGGACGCAUAGCUUAUGCCAUCAUGCGUUCGCCGGACGCCUAUGCCGGACAGUGUAUCACCAUCGCCGGGGACGUCCUCACGGUGCGGGGGAUGCAAGACGCUUACGGGCGUGGCGCCGGGAGCGCGAUGCCCGCGGUACCGAGCAUGCUCGCGUCGGGGAUCACGGCAAUGAACAAGCACAUACGCGGCGUGGUGGAGACGAUGGAGGACGUCCAUGCUGCUCGGGUCGAGCACGGCAUCAGCUCCGAGGACCUCAUCGCGAAGUCCAGGGAGAUAUGUCCCGAGAUGCAUACCUUUGAGUCGUGGGCGAAGGUUCAUAGCUCGAAAGCGGAGCAGACGUCGGGAUGGAACGGGGUGUCGAUGAAGAGUCUCCUUAGCGGCAGCCUCUGACAAACGCGCGACCUUGCUCACUGUUGAGCAGUGUGUCGCUCAGAUGAGUCAUGACGUAGUAAGGCUGCGCUACGAUCCAGCCUACCUACCUAGGACCGCAACUGAUGAAUCAUGCAUGACCCCAUGGUUUCGAUUGGACUUGCGGACUACGUUGCUGCUGCGCUGCUUUGGCUAUAUAUCUAAGUAUACUAGUCUACCACUAGCUGGACCACAAGCGCACGUUUCAUAGGGCAGAAGGACUACAUAUGCACGUUCCAGUGUAUAAUUUGCGGCUAGCUGGUGUCAAUUCUGACAUUCGUCGAACAAUUGAGCCGCAGGGCCAGAAAACGAGAGAAAGAAUUACAUAGAAAGGUGAGAUUUAUCGCACCUAAUCUUAUCUAGUAAUUGCCCAAUUUAGUGGAAACACUGUUCGGAGCUUGGAACUGGCGCCCGUAAGUACAACAGGGGAGACGGAGAGCCGGAAUGAAUCAUAAGUAUAGUUACAAUUAUUGGAUGCACCAUGACUAGCUACGGGCAACCCAGCUAUUAGGGUUCUGCGGAGCGGAGCGCCCUGUCUACGUCGCGCCUAUGAAGUUCGCUG